AUGUCAAUGAGUGAUUUUGUGGCUCGUCGCCUUCUAGGCCUCUGUUCUGCAGCAUCCGAACUGCCAGCAACACCAUCAACAUCUAAGGAGGACCAUAGUAGCGCGAACGAUACCGUAGUCAAGGAUUUUUUAACCACUUCGGCUGAUUAUGCUGCUGCAUUACAACUUAUGCAACUGCAGUUACUUUGUCAACCACAAAUUUUCAACAAUUUUUUGGCCCAAGUUGCUCAAUGGAAUAAUCUAAGCAAACUUGCAUUAAGUGCAGCUUCACCUAGUCAGACUACUGAGCCACCGAAUGAAAGAAAACGAACUGCUUCACGAAAUAGUGAGGAUAAUCCGGUCAAGAAACCAAAAGUGAGCAAACGGGUUGCCAAUGAUUCGGAGACCAGCUCACCUGUUUCUGGCAUGUUUAUUAAGGAUGCAUCUUCUGUACCACCUCCGGAUGAACUUCAAGCUGUUGCUGAUUUAGAUGAUACAGCAGCAUUUGUCAAUGUUUCAGAAGAAAGUAGGAGAAAAAUUGCAAAAAUUGAAAAUGUCAUUGGGGACUGUAUUUGUGCAUUAUGUAAGGUAAAAUAUGAUGACGUAUUUCGAUUAGCGCAGCAUCGAUGUCCACGUAUAAUUCACGAAGAAUAUCGAUGUCCUGAGUGCGAUAAAGUGUUCAGCUGUCCAGCAAAUUUGGCUUCACAUCGCCGUUGGCAUAAACCAAAAAAUGUUGCCGGAACCGUAGAAUGUUCACAGUGUUCAAAAAUAUUUGAAUCUAAAAAGAUGUUGAAGAAUCAUCAACAGCACUGCCCACAAGCCGCCGCAGCAGCAAAUACAACGCUAUCGCAAAUACUACAACUAACAAUGCCAUGA